AGAGGGCAUUGCAACAGGGCGGCGAGCGAGAGAGAGAAGGGAGGGUGGCGGUGAAUAGAAAAAGGAGAUACGCAAUCUUCCCCGAAUCCCCCACCCCUCCUCAUCUCCCUCCUUCCCUUCCGCCUCCGCCUCCGACUCCUCCUCUCCGGCUCUCCUCUCCUCUUCCCGUCGCUUCCGCCCCCUACAAAUACUCGCCCACCUCCUCCUCCCCUCCCCUUCGCUUCCUCCUCACCUCGCCUCUCCUCGCCUCGCCGCCGCCUCCUCCCUCGUCGUCGUCGUCGUCGGGGGUGUUUGGGGGGAUUCGGUUGGGCGGCGACAUGGGGGUGUACCUGAGCACGCCCAAGACGGAGAAGUACUCCGGCGAGGGCGGGAACGACCGCCUCCGCUACGGCCUCGCAUCCAUGCAGGGAUGGCGGACGACCAUGGAGGACGCGCACACUGCCCUGCCACGCCUGGACGAAUGCACAUCCUUUUUUGGUGUCUAUGAUGGCCAUGGAGGGAAGGCAGUAUCUAAGUUUUGUGCGAAACAUCUACACUUGCAAGUACUGAAAAAUGAGGCUUAUUCAUCUGGUGAUUUGGCUACUUCUGUCUUAAAGUCAUUUUUCAGAAUGGAUGAGAUGAUGAAAGGGCAAAGGGGGUGGAGGGAACUGGCUGAAUUGGGGGACAAGGGACAAAAGUUUACUGGCAUGUUAGAAGGCAUAAUAUGGUCCCCGAAACCUGGAGAGUCAGAUAAACCUGAGGACACUUGGACUGAGGAGGGUCCUCAUUCUCAUUUUCCUGGGCCAACAUCUGGAAGCACUGCUUGUGUGGCUAUCAUAAGAAAUGAUGAACUCAUUGUUGCAAAUGCUGGUGAUUCCCGGUGUGUGCUCUCAAGGAAGGGUCGAGCUUAUGACCUGUCAAAAGAUCACAAGCCAGAUCUUGAUGCAGAAAAGGAGAGGAUACUGAAUGCUGGUGGUUUCAUUGUUGCUGGGCGGGUCAAUGGAAGUUUGAACUUGGCAAGGGCAAUAGGGGAUAUGGAAUUGAAGCAGAAUGAAUUUCUCCCAGCCGAGAGACAGAUUGUCACUGCUGAACCUGAAUUAAACACAGUUAAACUUUCUGAGGAUGAUGAGUUCAUCGUUUUAGCAUGUGAUGGCAUAUGGGAUUGCAUGUCAAGUCAAGAAGUGGUGGACUUUGUUCACAAAGAAAUGAACACUGAGGAUAGCCUAUCUGCUGUCUGCGAGAAGUUGCUUGACCAUUGCUUGGCACCUGUAUCCGGUGGUGAUGGCUGUGAUAAUAUGACAGUGAUCAUAGUCAAGUUCAAGAAGCCAAGCAAGUCAGCUGCUACUUCAAGCACAAAUCAAUCUGUCUCUUCAGAAGAGAUGCGACCAAACGAGCUUGAUGAUGGCCCAAGCGAUCCAAACAAGUAGCAGGCCGAGACCGAACCAUGGAGUUCCAACCGGUGAUAGACAAAAAGGAUAGUAAGUGGUGUAUAUAAGAAAAGGGAUUCUAUUCUACAGUCACUAUAGGGUUUGUUCUUUCUUUCAACUAGCAUCUUUUUCUUGCACCACAACCUGUAAUACAUGCCAUGUUGCUUAAUCGAACUGGGUUGUGUGAAAUGCAUGAAUUUUCCAAUGCUC